AUGAAAUGCAGCGGAAAAGUAGGGUACUUCUUCAACCUGAAAAGGGAGUAUGGAGAGAAGAGAGCGGCUACCCUGUUAAGGACCCUGGAGGAGGAGAAAACUGUACAAGGAGCAUUCAUAACCGAUUUUGUAAAAGUAGAUUAUUUCAACUUGACAAAAAUUUUGUUAUUCAUGGUUAGGACAAAUAAGGUGGAAACAAGUUUCGAUGGUUUGUAUGUUGAUGGGGCGUAUGCACAUUUGCUGACCCAUCGGGGGGUAGCGGUCUCCUCCCAGGGGGAAGGUCAGAAAGGGGUUAUCCCGUCCGCGGGCGCAGAGAGGGGAGAAGCGGAAUGCUCCGCGGGGGGGAAUCCCAAAGAGGUGAACACCGUAGGGGGGAAUUCCAAAGAGGUGAGCACCGUAGGGGUCAAUACCGUGGAGGUGAAUACCGAAGAGGCCAAUCCCAGGGAAACGCAAAAGGAAAGGCAUCCAUGGGGAGGAGAAAACCCAAGCGUGAAAGAAAACCCAAGCGGAGGGACCGCCCCGAUUAACCCCCACCCAGCCGAAAAUUGCGAAAAAAUAAUAAUUCACAAUUCAGAGAUACUAAACGCAGAUGAUAUAAUGAAGCAGGAUGGAGAGGUGGAAAACAUAAAUAAAGCGAUUUACUACUUAAAUCCCUGUUCUGUCCUGUCAGCAUAUUUUUUGGAUGUACAGAAGAACGAAAAUGUGCUGGAUAUGUGUGCAUCUCCUGGGGGUAAGUCCCUAGUCAUCGCAAACCAGCUGUUCGGGUAUGACUCCUCACCAGUAAAGAGAAUUAAAAACAUGGAAUAUCUAAAGGAUGGAAGUAUACAAAUUACAUGCUCGCUAGAUAUGGUGAAUUAUUAUGCUACGAAAAGACAAGGAUUCUUUGUAGCAAACGAAUUUAAUCGAAUAAGGUACGAACGAUUGAAACAAGUAUUAAGUAAACAAUUGCCAAAAGAUCUACUUUCGUCGAAUAAUUUUCAUAUCACAAAUUAUAAUGGACUAAAUAUGAACUCAUUUUUAAGAUUCCCAAAGUUCCACAAAAUAUUGCUAGAUGUUCCUUGCUCCACUGAUGAGCAUUUAAUGAAAAAAAAAAAAAAUUUACUCAACAAGUGGACAGAUAAGGUGAUAAAAAAUAACGCAAGUAUACAAUUUGAGUUGUUAUGUAACUCCUUUCAGCUUUUACACACAAAUGGCACUCUUGUUUAUUCGACCUGUGCUCUUUCUCACCAUGAGAAUGAUUAUGUGAUUGAAAAAUUUUUAAAAAAAUAUAAAAAGCAAGUUCAAAUUGUCGAUUUUGUGAAGGAAGAAUAUCAGAAACGGUUCCCUAGGGAUGAUUGCGAUCGUUUUUUUUCCGCAUCUUUUGGAGGGCAAUCUGUUGGGGAGGACCCCACCCACGAUGUGACACUGAGCGAGGGAGAACAUAACUGUGAGCAGCGUGGAAAUGAGCAUAUAGACCGGUGUAGCCAGCAUGGGAAUAGACCCACUGGGGGCGAUAGCGUUCCCAGUGACGGCCCGAGCACCCACUUCCUAUCCUUCUUCGAGAAGACCAAAUAUGGCUACAUUUCCCUGCCGGAUAGGUCACCCUUUGGAAUUUUAUACAUUUGUAAGAUUCGAAAAAUUUGA